CCCGGAAGCCUUGCUGUCACAUGCAUGAAAACACAGUGCUCACAUGUUGUUAUGGUGUCUUCUGUCUUCUUCUACCUGCUGCUGAGAACUGUCACCAUUAAACUCUUGUCAUUAGACUCUUAAGAGAAAAAUAAGAAGAUGAAAUUGGUCGCGUUGAUAAGUGGGGGCAAAGACAGCUGCUACAACAUGAUGCAGUGUGUCGCUGCCGGCCACCGGAUCGUAGCUCUGGCCAACCUGCGUCCUGCCCACACAGAUGAGUUGGACAGUUACAUGUACCAGACUGUGGGCCACCAGGCCAUCGAGCUGUAUGCCGAAGCCAUGGAUCUGCCUUUAUACAGACGCACCAUCCAGGGCUCCAGUCUGGACACCAGCAGAAACUACAGGGAGACGGAGGGGGAUGAGGUGGAGGACCUGUAUGAGCUGCUGCGCCUCGUCAAGGAAAAGGAGGCUGUGGAGGCAGUGUCAGUAGGGGCCAUUCUCUCCGAUUACCAGAGGGUCCGUGUGGAAAAUGUAUGUUGGCGGCUUGGUUUGCAGCCCCUGGCCUACCUGUGGCGCCGAGACCAAGAGUCCCUGCUCUCCGAGAUGAUAUCAUCUGACCUCCACGCUAUCCUCAUCAAAGUUGCCGCCUUCGGCCUGGAUCCAGAGAAGCACUUGGGAAAAACUCUGGCUGACAUGGAGCCCUAUCUGAAACAGCUCUCUCAGAAGUACGGAGUCCAUAUCUGUGGCGAAGGAGGAGAAUAUGAAACCUUCACCCUUGAUUGUCCUCUCUUCAAAAAGAAAAUUGUUAUUGAUGCAGCGGAGACCGUGAUCCACUCAGCAGUUGCCUUCUCUCCAGUCGGCUACUUGCGCUUCACCGAGAUGCACACCGAGAACAAAGACAGCGAUGCGGUGGCGAGAGCUUUGCCCCAUGGUAGUUGUCCUUGCCAGAGCGCCAUUGACAAGAUGACUGAGGAGGUGGAAUAUGCUGAUCAAGCUGAAGACAACCAACAAGAAUUUACAUCAAGUUGUGACCUCAGUUGUCAGCAGGGCCACGAUCUCCCUCCAUCCUGCUCACCUAGAAGCUCUAGAGGAUAUCAGUGGAUCAGUGGCAUCAACGGCCUUCAGAGCCAAGUCCCUGGGAUCGAGGGCCAGACGACGGCAGCUUUCAAGCAGCUGCAAAGUGAGUUGGACAGCAGAGGUUGGAAGAUUACGGACAUUAUCCUGAUUCACUUGUAUGUGAGCAGCAUGGAAGAAUAUGGUCCACUCAACACAGUUUAUAAGAAACACUUUGGCAUAAACCCUCCAGCCAGAGUGUGUGUCCAGGCCCCUCUCCCUGCCGGUCAGCUGCUGCAGAUCGACUGUCUGCUCCACGACUGGACCGAGCCGCUGCAGGAAGGCUGCUUUCACCAGAGAGAGGCCAUGCAUGUCCAGAGCCUGUCCCACUGGGCCCCAGCCAACAUUGGGCCCUACAGCCAGGCUGUCAGGGUAGAUGAGUCCGUUUUCUGUGCAGGCCAAAUUGCUUUGGUGCCGUGUACCCUGCAGCUGAUGAAGGCCGGCACCAGAAGACAGGCCCACUUGUCCUUCAGCCAUGUGAAGAAGGUUCUGGAGGCUGUGAUCAGCAGCUUGACUCUUGCUCAUGUCGUCCAGGCUCACUGCUACACCACGAGACAUCAAGACAUCCCUGUCGUCAGAGCUGUUUGGGAGAGCAUGCUGACGGCCGCAGAGGAAGAGCAGGACUUUUUGUGGCAACCUGACGUCAAACCUGCUCCGUUACUGGUUGCCGUGGUACCUGCCUUACCCAAGGGUGCAGCUGUUGAGCUUCACGUCACCGCCGUCCAGGAUGAUUACACCAAGAGGACUUCCUGUCACAUGACUGCGAAGGUGGCGUGCGGAUCCAUAGAGUGCAACACCCUAAUGUCUGCCGACAAGUGCAGCGCGUCUCUGUCCCUCUCCCUGGCCGUGCCCGCUGAUGACCCGGAGGUCAAGGAUGUAGAGGAUGUAACGGAAGCAGUCGCUGUUGCGUUCAAGAAAGCCAUGAAGAAGAUGGAUGCUGAGCUGGUGCCACUGUGUGCCCGCGUGUUUUACAAGCACGGCCACUCACUGGCACAGCAGAUUAUUAAAGGACUUGAAGAAAGUUUAAGAAGCUCCCUGGAAGGGUCCAGUCCGUCAGUGGCCCUGGUUCCGGUCCUGGACUUGCCCGACUCCCAGAUCCUCCACCUGUCCUGCUGGCUCAGUUUGUAGAAGCACAGCCAGUGUCAACAGCCGGACUCCAGUCAUCCACAGCACUGGAAUUCAGCGGGGCGUUCGUGGAGGAGCAGCUCUGACUCUAAUGACUUACAGUCGCUGAUGGUCCCGUUGUAAGUCACUUACAAAGGGACCAUCAGCGACUGUGGAAAGAAAAAAACACAUCCUGCUGAUCUGCUCAUUAAUAUUGGAUGUUUAUCAGCGCUGGUUGUCGAAAUGCAAAGCUCUGUCUCCAAGUGGUUUUGUCCGUGGGCUGUUUUGAGGAAGUGUUUAUUCCACUUCACACACCAGAACUUUGGCCGUUAAUCCUCAGUGUCCUCGGCUGGAGCUGUCGCCUGCAGCAGCUGUUAUUCUGCCGCGGAGAUGAGACUUGUGGAACUUCUAGCACCUAAGCCUGCAUACCAGCGGACAAGAGUGCAUAGUCCACAAAAGGACACAGUAGCAGCAUCUCAUUCCACGAGGCGAUAAACUGUAUCCCCCUGAAUCCUACUGUUUCUGGUGGAAUUUCUCUUAGCACGCUAACUAACACCCCUCAUAAAGGCCCAGCGCCACCACUGACACCAUCUGUUCAGUUGAAAACCUAUAGAUUUACUGUGUGUCUGGUGUGUAGCCGUGUGUAAUGUGUGCAGAUGGGGGGGUGGGGUGUUUCUGUGCUCUCAUGGUCCAUGGGAUUCAAGGUGUGUUAUUAUUGUGUAAUGGGCAAUCAGCACCAAGCACCUGAAAAGAUUAAGCCUCUUUAUGUUUUGUAUUGAUUCUAAGGCAGCCUGGUUAAUAGGAGAGACGCUACCACACACAGCUGCAGGGCAGGUGUGUGUGUGUGUGUGUGUGUGUGUGUGUGUGUGUGUGUGUGUGUG